UGCUACACCGGCUUAUGAAGCAUUCGCACUUUGCUUCGUAGUGCAUAGCAGAACCCGGGAUUUGGAGUCGGGUUCUAUUAAAUCUUGCUGCGUGAGUUUCCACUGUUUGGAUGAAAUUUUCGGGACUGACUUUGUCUCUGGUUUUUUAUCAUCAUUAUUUGAUAUCAGUUCCCAUUAACGUAGGUAACUGCAACUUGGAAAUAUGAUUACCUUCAUGGACAGCUCAGAUAGUGAGGAAGAGCAGGAGUGCAAUGAGAGAACAUCACUGAUUGCGUCUGAAAGCCCGCAACUUCCUUCUUAUCAAGAUGGACCACAGGCUACAGAAGAACCUUCUGCUAUAAGGCACCAGUACAGGGGUAGCACACAAGUGCUGGGAGAUGCAUCGAAUGGGGAGACCUCAGGAGCGGCAGCCUCUGUCAGGGAAGGUUCAACGGACAGUGAAGAAGAAGAGCUGACACUUAAAUAUGGGGCUAAACAUGUUAUAAUGCUCUUCGUGCCGGUCACGCUCUGUAUGGUGGUAGUGGUUGCAACAAUAAAAUCUGUCAGCUUCUACACUGAAAAAAAUGGACAGUUAAUCUACACACCUUUCUCUGAAGAUACUCCAUCUGUUGGGCAAAGGCUUCUAAACUCUGUAUUGAAUACAAUUAUUAUGAUAAGUGUUAUCCUUGUGAUGACUAUAUUCUUGGUGUUACUAUACAAGUAUCGCUGCUAUAAGUUCAUUCACGGAUGGCUCAUUAUCUCAUCUUUGAUGCUACUUUUUAUGUUUACAUACAUAUAUCUUUGUGAAGUUUUCAAGACUUACAACGUGGCAAUGGACUAUCCAACCUUGUUUUUGGUCAUCUGGAAUUUUGGGGCAGUGGGAAUGAUCUGCAUUCACUGGAAAGGCCCUCUUCAGCUACAACAGGCUUAUCUUAUCAUGAUCAGUGCUCUUAUGGCCCUUGUUUUCAUCAAGUAUUUGCCAGAGUGGUCAGCUUGGGUAAUUCUAGGAGCCAUAUCUGUUUAUGACUUGAUGGCUGUAUUAUGCCCAAAAGGCCCUUUGAGGAUGCUGGUGGAGACUGCACAGGAAAGAAACGAGCCUAUAUUUCCAGCAUUAAUAUAUUCUUCUGCCAUGGUGUGGAUUGUGGGGAUGGCAGAUUCUGACAGUACAAAUCAAAGAAUAAAUCGACAUUCAGAAGAAGCAUCAGAAAGUACAAACCACAUAUCGCAAGAAGACACAGAAGAUCCAGGGCCUCAGUUUCAGACACCUAACAAUAGGAUUACAAUGUCAGAUGAUGAAGAUGAAGAAAGAGGAGUAAAGCUUGGUCUUGGAGAUUUUAUAUUUUACAGUGUGCUUGUAGGAAAAGCUGCAGCAACUGCAAGUGGGGACUGGAAUACCACACUAGCCUGCUUUGUUGCCAUUUUAAUAGGGUUAUGUCUGACUCUGUUGCUCCUGGCAGUAUUCAAGAAAGCUCUCCCCGCUCUCCCAAUCUCAAUCACGUUUGGGCUGGUGUUCUACUUCUCCACAGAUAACAUUGUGCGGCCUUUCAUGGACACUCUAGCCUCCCACCAGAUGUACAUUUGAUAGAUAACACCAUGUGUAUAUAUUUUUGAGUUCAACAUGUAAUCACCUACUGCUGUAUAUUUAAAGAUGGCAGGGAGGCUCUGCGCACUUUUUUGUAAUCCUAAAGCUAAGGCCUCUUACACACGACCGUAUGGCUUUUUCUGUAUUUGGCAGUCCGCGAAAAUACGGAUGACGUCCGUGUGCAUUCCGUUUUUUGCGGCACGGAAGAGCUGGCGCCUGAUAGAACAGUACUAUCUUUGUCCGUUAUGCGGACAAUAAUAGGACAUAUUCUAUCUUUAAACGGAAAUAAGGAAACGGAGGGCAUACGGCAUACCUUUUUUGUGGAUCCAUUGAAAUGAAUGGUUCCGUAUACGGAACACAAAAAGCGGAACGGAAACGAAACAAAUGCUUUCAUGUGCAAAAGGCCUUAGUCUUUUAAGAAGGAAAAGAACUGGACGUACUUUAUUGAAAAAUACUCAGUUUUUAGUUUUACUAAUAUAAUCUCAAGUAAUAUUGUGUCAUUGUUUUCCACGCUGGUGCUACCCCUAUGGAUUUGGCAGACCAUUUAUGCACACGUCUGACCAGUUUAUUCUGUGGCGGAGCUUUGUAAUGGGGGCUUUUGCCAUUGUACAGUUCACUAGAUGGAAACACCUACCAUCGCUUUCACAUUUCUGCUGGGAGAUGCAGCCAAACUCACUUGUGUAGCUACAUGACAACAUUUGUUGUAAUGAUAGUCAAAGGUGUUGCACUGCGACUGCAAUGCAUCCAAGUUGGAUUUUUGUGCGACUGUAUUUACAAAAAAUGUGGCAUGACAUUGCUAUGCCAUAAAUGUUGUACGACACAUGUCACAGUGUAGCUGUACCCUUUUUGUUGCGUGAAUUGCUGUCAUCGUGUAGCUGAGUCCUAAGGGUAUCUUCAUGUGUAGAAGAUAGACUGCAGAUUUUCCACACAACAUACCUCAUCCACAAGUUGUGGAAAUGGACAGAUGCACAUUUUGGAGUCAGGCAGAGGGAUGCGGCUUCGAUCGGUUACCAUGGCAGUCUGGACUCUUCUGAAACUUCCCAGGCUGCCAAAGCACAGCUCAGCAGGUUAUAGCCCCCAAAGGGGUUAAAAGUUAUUGUUUAAAAAAAACAAGUUUAAAUCACUUCCCUGUCACAAUUUUACAUAUAAAAAUAUAUAAACAAAAAAAAUACAUAUCAAGUAUCGCCGCUUCUGAGAGUGUCUGAACUAUUAAAAUAUUGUUAAAAUUUCCUGUGCAGUAAAUGCCGUAAUGUAAAAAAAAAAAAAACACAAGUUUUUAGCCCCCAACCCCCCCC